CCUUGCUCCCGCGAAUCUGCGUCUCACCGAACAGCAUCGAAGUCGGUCUGACUCGGAGCAAGCCUCGUUCUCGCACCCUACAGUAUCACCGCGUGGCUGCGGCCUCCGAAGCUUACGACUGAGUGCGGGGCAGCCACUCGGACGACCAUGAUCAGCCUGCUACGACCAUAGACCAUCCCGAUCUCACGCCUCGCUAGGAUGGCCGCUUCGGUUUUGACAGAUCAGGAAACUGCCGAGCUCAGUCGCUUCUCUCAGGGCAGAGCACACAUACAGUCCCACCUUGACCUCCUCGGUUCACGGCCGGCUGUAGAUCCGUUUGCGCAUUUCGUCCCUGUAUGGAACACAAGCAGUGAAGCACAUCUUCUCUCCGUCUGGUCGGACCUCGACGCCAGACUAGACGAGGUGAAGCAAUGGAUUGCAGAGAGGGAUCAGAUCGAAGACGAGGCCAGCGAAUUUGAUUCCGAGGAUAUGGAGAAGCUCAGGAAGAUGGCAAAAGCCGCGUCAGAUGGGGCACAGCUGAGUGCUAGUGACACAGACAUCGUAGAGGUUGCUCUAGAAACCAUUGUAUCACUCGAGAAGCUGCGAUCGCUGCUCGAGCUUCGCGCUCUGUCGCUCUCCUUGUACUUCUCGAGAUUGAUCUGGGAGACUCAAAGGAGAGACUGUUGGACCACAUAUGCAGUCUUGUCCGAGGAGAUGAACGAGAUUGUCGUCAGCAAAUCGAAAUGGCCGGUAGCAGGACCUCCGCAUGGUUGUGAUUCGCCAAAGGACCACGUCUGGCCGACCAGCACCCAGGCGACUGCGAACAGCAAGACUUUCGACAGGAACAUCGUCAGCGAGGUCAGUCAACUCUGCGGCAGAAUUCAGCAGUUCGCCGAGGUACAAGUCUCCAGUGCUGGCGUCUGCCUGGAUGCAGUCAUUGAGCAACUACAAGUCCCCGAAGAAUUCAUUGACGAGCAGGACAGGAUCGAUGCCCUGGCUGAUGAGAUGAUGUCUCAAUCGCACUUCCUCGGCAAUGUGCUUCAGCAAUGGCAGAAAGCAGAUGAGGUACGUGAGAAGAUUCGCUCCAUUGAAUCACGAGCGAAGAUACUCAUCUUGCACGUAGAGCAUGCAAAAGCUGAGAUACCCUCGGCCGCUAGUGCUCACUCUUAUGCGCAAUCGCUCAGCGAGCUCUCACGACUGUUGGAAGACGUAUGUGGCCCUGCCGCCAGAGACUACCUUGAAGCUACCGAAACAUCUUCUCGUCGCCUGCGUCUACUGCGUCAUCACAUGCCACCUGCUCCGCGUCAUAUCAGGUGGCCAGCGCAAGAAGACCUGAAUUCCUCCAUGGUCGAUGCACUGAAUCAGGAGCUGGUAGCGGCAGCGAAGCAAGCGAGACGAGCCAAGAGUGCCAUUGAAGCAUACCAGGAGGCCACUAAAGCAGCUUCGCAGGUUGAAGAAGCUAGGAGCCGCCUCCUUCGUGCUGUCCGGGCGUGUUCAGGGCUCGACACGGAAUGCCACUCGGAGUGGCCAGCGAAGUCUACCUCUUCCUCGAGAUCAGAGGAGGCCGCCCAGAUCAUCUCGAAGACAGUCGCUCUACCAGAUACAUCACCGAUUCCCAGUCUCUCUCAUGCAGUUGCGAGGCUACAAAUCCGUCUCAUCACAGUCGAGGGAGAAGCUGCAUCAGCCCAGGCCGAUCUCACCGAUUCCUUAUUGAAAUGCAGGUCGCUAGGCUUUGCGUCCGAUGCUCAACAGCGUCAAGCCAACGAAGCGAGUGCUGCAUGGGCUGCACAAAAUGUGUCCACCAAGACUUCUUUGGCUGAGACAGUGUCACUGGUACAGGCUCUGGAGCUUAUUGAGAGGAUUCAAAGAGACUUGUCAAACGGCGAGACAGACUUGCGACUUGACGUCAUGCAUUGGGCGAAGGUUGCAGAAAGCUCUCGCUUCAGUCUGAGCAAAAGCAGCAGAACACUUCUCACGCCAGAUCCUGAUCCCGGUCCUGGCAACCCCCCGUUUGCAGCCUCAGAGGCCGCUCUCGCCUCGUUGGCGGCAUUCGAAGGUCACACACUUGGCUCGCUUGUACCCGAGACCAUCGAUGUGUUGAGGCAGCGAUGCGAGCAUCUCAGUGCCCAAUCCCUGCAGCUUCGGCAACUCGCAAAGUGGGCGGCAGCCGUCACGCACCAAGCAGAGUGCGCUGCGCUGGUGCAAGAUCACUUCGACAGACUUUGCCAGGAUGCUGAGCAUGUUCAGAGCCGAUGUCUCCUCUUGCUCUCUGAUACGUUGGAAUCCACGGACGAGAUUGACAAAGUGCAGUACGAGGUACAAGAACUUCAAGCUUCCAUUGCGCACUUCACAGCAUCCCAAAUCCGAGAUAUUGCGCUGGUUGGCCCGGCGCCAGACCUCAGCUCACUCUCUGUCGAGGGCAAACCAAUUCUGCUCUCCUCUAGCGACAGUGACGUUCAAAAUGCGAGUAAUACGUGGUGCCUCACUCUGGCUCAGAAACAGCAAGAGAUCGAACACGCCCUCCAGGGCUUGCGUAAAGCGGUGGUCGACGAACAAUCGAGGGAUCAAGUCGGCCAAGAGGCGAGCGUCCGCAAUCGAGAGGAAGGCCAGAUCGAUCACACGGUUGCCAUACUCCCUCCAGCGAUGAACAAUGCCGAAGUCUCGAGCCCAUCUCCGGCACAGAGUAUAGUGGACAACAGAGGGCAUGAUGACGGUCAAUACGCCGAGAGGCCCAAUGGGCCUUCGACGGAUCCCUCAACGAGCGCAAGCCUCACGUUCCCAUCACCUUGCCUUCCGACCACACCUCGACGCUCUGCGAAGCAGCACCUCGUCGCUGACGCUAAAGAGCCGGAGCAAGAGAGGCCACACAGUCAAGCUCAGUCAAGGAGCUACAUGGCAUUUUUCGCUGCUGUACGAGACUGUGAGCAAGAGCUUGGUCGUAGAGAGAGGUCGUUCACAAAAGUGCUGGAGUCAAAGGCGAGCCGCAGACUACCUCUACGCGCCUUUAUCUCAGAGCUGGGCAACCGAAGGAAUGAUGCUGAAGAAAAGCUGUCCAUCCGCCUCGAGGUGGUCAAGAGUGCGCUUGAGCUACUGCAAGACACUGUGGCGCUUGGCGAGAGCUCGUCUACUGUCGCUCAAGCACAACAAGACGCGGCGCGAAUUGCCUCAGCAGUGCAGGAGUUGCUGGCACGCUUGGAUGGAGUGAUACUAGCAGAAGGUGGUGACAGCCCAAUUCAUUCAGGGCAGCCUUUGUAUGUGGCUAGUGAGCUAUCGAGGUCAAAGUCAAGUGUCUCGUCCCUAUCUGCGGAUCUCGAAGGACGUUUCCGAAUUUCUGCAGGCUCUGCAGACGUAGUACGAAGCAGGUCGGCCCCGUCGCUGCCACACCCAGCAGACAUAGGAUCUCUGCCCAAUUCGCCUGCGCCCGGUGAAGUCCCAGCUGCAGGACCCAAGAUUGCAGACCUUGCCGCCAAGCUGAGUGGCGGGGAAGUCGAGAUCCAGACCAUCGUCGAUGGAUUGGCGCAGAUGAAGGCCUUCCUGGACCUUCCCACCAACGAGGAAAGCAGACGUGUGCAAGAUGAGUGGGUGCAGCUCAGAGGAGAAGUCGAAGCAAUUCUUCAACAGCACAGCGCAGAAGCGGCUGGUGCGAAUCUGCAGGCUCUGUCGCGGCAAAGAGAGGAGCAAGUCAACCGCUUCAAGCUGCUGACAAUCUUUGCUGAAAAGGCGGCAGAGAGCGAGGCGGCACUUGCCUCCUUCUUGGAUCUGCUGGAUCAGGCGGGCAACGAGUCUUUCGAUGACGACCUGCGUGCAUUGUCGCCUCCGAAUGCCCACUCUAUGAAGGAAGAAGACUCUGCCUCGAAAACCCCUUGCUAUACCCCUCAGAGUGCGCGCAAUGGUGAGGACAGUGAGCUGGCUCUCAAUCUCAGCUAUGCACAGCGCACCCGUGCAGCUCUUGCAGCUCUGGAGCCCAUCUUGGAACAGGCAAAGCAAGCAGCUGCACCUGUCUCCCAGGAUAUUCGCGUCAAGGAGAGGCUGGCCCAAAUCAACCGCUCGUAUGUAGACAUGGCCGAGAUGGCUAGUGACGUCCUGAAUCCAGGCUUGCAGAGAAGCUCGAGCGUCUCUUCCUUGGCAAGCACUGCCUCACGGGGGAGCAGCAGCGCCUCUUUGCCUCCUUCGCCCGUCAUGAGCAUGUCAAGCAGAUUCGGCUUCUCCACUACAAGCACGGUCAGUGCGGCCGCGGCACCGGCUUCGAAGGCCGUAUCUGCUGCCGCCCGUCCGUCAGUGUCUCCAGCUCCCUCAGUAUCUUCGAUUCCUCGGGCUAGAAAGAUCAGCUCGACAUCCUCCACAAACCAGGAGCCUACCGCAACGGCAUUGAGGGCACUUCGAAGGAAGUCUGGUGCACACAAGACGACACCAUUGGAACAUCAAGAAGCUGCUGUGACUCAGAUGCCUCGGCGUCGGUCUUCUGCAAGCCCCGGACCAGCGACUCCCAGAGCACCUGUUGCAGCAAGGACUUGUCUGACGAGUAUCACAGGAUCUCCGGCGACUCCUACUGCGUCACAGCCAAGGGCCGCUCUCGGCAGUGAUCCUUUCGGCACACCUACGCCUUCGAGACUUCGAGCGCCGAGCACCUUUGCCCGGCCUUCCAGCAUGGGGACCUCAACUCCGCGAACGCCCUCCGUAAAGCCUUCGACGUCCGCUGCUCGGAAACGGCCUGCGUCCGUUGCCACUCCCAAGCUUACAGAUCGACCAAAUAGCUACCGAGCAAACCCAAAGAGCAAACUCGACGUUGCCGUGGCCCAAACCAUCAACCGGUUGUCGGUGCCCGUCAAGAUCGAGGCGGUCAAGCCAUCGGGGAAUGCCACUUACGAGGACCACAGUGGAAAGUACUGGGUCGGACAUCCAGACCCACGUCUGUGCUUUUGCAGAAUCUUGAGAUCACGGACGAUCAUGGUGCGGGUGGGCGGUGGAUGGCAGGAGCUUACAAGAUACCUCAUGCAACACCACGGACUCUCAACGGCCAAUGUAGAGCUCGGACUGGCUCAAACGUCUCCAGCAUCUGCCAAGACCUCACCCAGCGGCACGCGGACAUCUGCGAAAAAGACAAAUGCCAUACCCUGGCUCUCUUCCUCUAUGUCCAUGGAGCAAGGAGCAGACCGGGCCUCUUCUCCCGCAGCCGGCGGCGAUGUACCUCGCAGGCUCCUGAGCCAGAGAGGCGACAUUUCCUCGCCCAUCUUCUUGCCUUCUCAAUGGUCCCCUACUCUCUCGCGCAAGGCUUAUACCAAUGAAGGUGCCGGCGAGACACCCACGAGGUCGGAACGGAAGCGACUGGGCUCCUCAUCGUCUUCUUCUGCCGCCGUGGAAGCCAUCGAAGCAGCAGCCGGCCUGGGCCUCGGUGUGGGCCUACGAGCGGACAAUCGUAGUCGUCAUGUGCGCAAGAGCUUUAGCACCUCUUCACCUGCGCCUAGGCCGAGGGAGAGGGAGCAGAAGAGCUUCCAGGUUCAGAUGAAAGCGCCGAUCCGAUUGCCGUCUCAUGGCGGUGCGGAGAAUGUGGAUCCGGACGACAGUCUUGGCUCUGUUCGCUCGGUGUACUUUCGAUAGAGGUGGACGUGGUAGGUGAGGAUGGGAGCCUGACUCGUACUCAUUGUGGUCCCCUGUCACUUGUUGUACAAUGCAUUUCGAUGAGAGCCAGAC